AUGGCCGGUUCCGCUGCUGUCGCUGCCCCGGGGCCCAGCGCCCCCAGGAGGCUGAAUGUGAACGUGGGGGUCCUGGGGCACAUCGACAGCGGCAAGACAGCGUUGGCCCGGGCGCUCAGCACCACCAGUUCCACCGCCGCCUUCGACCGGGCCCCGCAGAGCCGAGCUCGGGGCAUCACCCUGGACCUGGGCUUCUCCUGCCUCCGCACCCCGCUGCCGCCGCACCUGGGCGCCGGCCCCGGCGAGCUCCAGCUCACCCUGGUGGACUGUCCGGGACACGCCUCCCUCAUCCGGACCAUCAUUGGCGGUGCCCAGAUUAUUGAUUUGAUGAUGCUCGUCAUAGAUGUGACAAAAGGGAUGCAGACUCAGUCAGCAGAGUGCUUGGUGAUUGGGCAAAUCGCCUGCCAGAAGAUGGUAGUAGUUCUGAACAAAAUAGACCUUCUUCCAGAGGGGAAGAGACAAGCUGCCAUUGAGAAGAUGACGAAGAAAAUGCAGAAGACUCUGGAAAAUACAAAGUUCCAAGGGUGUCCUAUUGCUGCUGUUGCAGCUAAGCCAGGUGGACCAGAAGCCCCAGAGACUGUGAAUCCACUAGGUGUUUCUGAACUAAUUGAGGUCCUGAAGUCUCAGGCUUACCUGCCAACAAGAGAUCCCACGGGACCCUUCCUUAUGGCCAUCGACCACUGUUUCUCCAUCAAGGGUCAAGGCACAGUGAUGACAGGGACUGUUCUUUCUGGCUCCGUUAGCCUAGGUGAUAAUGUGGAGAUUCCUGCCCUGAAGGUGACAAAGAAAGUCAAGUCUAUGCAGAUGUUCCAUACUCCUGUAACGUAUGCCAUGCAGGGUGACAGAGUAGGCGUCUGUGUGACCCAGUUUGAUCCCAAGCUGCUAGAACGAGGUCUAAUCUGUACUCCAGAAUCUCUCCAGACCAUACAUGCUGCUGUCAUCUCCUUGAAGAAAAUCCAGUAUUUCCGUGGUGCUCUUCAGACCAAAGCCAAGUUUCACAUCACAGUUGGUCAUGAAACAGUCAUGGGAAGAGUGAUGUUUUUCAGCCCAGCCCCUGCUGACUUCAGCAAAGAACCCCUGGAGAAUGCUUUUGAUUUUGAAAAGGAAUAUCUUUAUCAAGAGGAAUACUUAUCCAAGGGCUCAAAAUCUUCAGAGGAAAACAAGGAAAAUGACCAAACAGGAGAAGGGCAGCUUCCGAGGCAACAAUGGGCUUUACUGGAGUUUGAAAAACCUGUCACUUGUCCUAAAUUUUGCCUUGUGAUUGGCUCCAAGCUGGAUACUGAUAUUCAUGCAAACACCUGCAGGUUGGCGUUCCAUGGGGUAUUGCUUCAAGGGAUGGAAGACAAGAACUAUGUUGAGACUUUUCUUCCAAAGCUGAAAGUGUAUAAAUUGAAGCAUAAGGAAGGACAAGUGGAGAGGGUGCUGGAUGAUUAUAGUGUGAUUGGUCGUUCGUUGUUUAAGAAGGAGACCAACAUCCAGAUUUUUGUGGGUCUAAAAGUCAAACUAUCUACAGGAGAGGAUGGAGUAAUAGAGGGUGGCUUUGGGCAGAGUGGCAAAUUUAAAAUCCGAAUUCCAAAUGGACUCAAGUCAGAUACAAAGGUGUUUCUCACUGUCCCCUCCAAGAAGAAAUCCAAGGCAGGGAAGGGAGAUGCAGCCAAAGAGGAUGAAAGCAGCAAGGUUGACUCAGCCCAGCCUGUUACUAUCAACCUUCUCUUUAAAAGAUAUGUCUUUGACACACAGAAGAAAAUGAUUCAAUCUUGAGAAGGCGGAAGAGGCCUUCUAGCUGAUGUCUGAAGUGUCCUUAAAAGGCUUACACACCAAAAUGAAUUCAGGUGGAACGUAUUUCUUGUCUGAAAACCUUGGACUUUGAAAGGCUUUUUAUCUCAGUAACAUCCUAUAAGGGCGCCUUCUACCUGGAUUGAAGCUGGAAAGUCCUCCUAUCCCCAUGACUACGCUUGGCCUCCAGAAUCUGUUUGUUCUGAUUUUGCUAUUUGAAUCUCCCUGCUGUCCCUCUUGGCAAGUGUCACCUGCCAAUUUGUACGGUUGUGUUUUACAGUUGAUAGAAAUGUUUUCAUGAAAUGUUUUAAGUUUCUUUUAAGCAUUCUGCAGCAAGGUGGAAAAUCCAAACCCAGUAGCAUUUGGGAAAUUUUAUGAGAACCAGGAAAUGAAACUAACCAGUCUACUUUCACGCCCCAAGCUGAGUGAGGGGCAAAAAAUACCCAAUGUAAAUGGUGAAAAUUAAAAGAGAUGUUUUAGAUUCUUUCAGAUCUAAUAAUGUGAGAUGCUGUCUGAGAGACAGGUAUGGAAGUUUUGUAUAAAUGAUUUAUAUCUUGACAGUCUACAGUGUUAGAACAUCCUCAUAUGCACAUAAUUUCAGGGUCUGUAUUGUUAUGUUUGCUAGUCUGGCAGUUCAGAACUGCUUUUCUACAAUAUUUCACACAGCUUUUGUGAGUCUGCUGGCUAUUUAUUUGAUUCUUUAGGAAAUUGGAAGGCUAAGCUGUUCUGAAUAAUUGCUAAGAAAAUAUGUGCUGGAACUGCUUUCAUUUUUGUAACCAAAGUGCUUGUUUUGUGA